AUGGAACUAAAUGUUGUACAAGAUGAGGCUGUGGACAAAAGCACCUUUAAGAAAUGCAACCAGAUUGCUUUUUACAGGCGUCAGAAACUGUUAUGUCCUGGAAAAUCCUCGUAUCAAGCAUUGUUGGAUUCAGUCACAUUAAGUGAUGAGAAUGUCAAAUUCCAAAUUAUUCAUGAGGAGACUAAGGUUCUUCUACAAGUAGAAAUUUAUGAAAUAGAAGGCAAUAUUUUCAGGCUUAAAAUUGAUGAGGCUUCACCUCUCAGAGCAAGAUACAAAGUUCCUGAUGUUCUUAUAAAGGAACCUACCACCCAGAGACUCUUCAUAUCCCACAAGGAGGCGGGUAUUCUGGCACUGUCAAGUGGUAAUGGGGACUACAAACUUCAAGUCACAGCAGACCCCUUCCAAGUUGAGCUGCAGUCCAAGGGUGAGACUGUUAUGAGCAUGAAUUCCAAUGGGUUGUUAUAUUUUGAGCACCUACAACCACCUCCCAGUGAUAGAAAACCUACAGCACAAAGUGAGGAGGCAGCAAGUGAUUACUUUAAGGAAAAACAAGAGGAUCUAGGUCUCUGGCAAGAGAAAUUUGGCAGUUUCUUAGACAUCAAAGCUCAUGGUCCCAGUUCUGUAGGCAUGGACUUCUCUUUACAUGGAUAUGAUCACGUUUAUGGAAUACCACAACACGCAGAAACACUUCUUCUCAAAAACACCAGUGAUGGUGAUGCCUACCGGCUUUAUAAUUUGGAUAUCUUCGGCCACAAGAUACAUGAUAAAAUAGGCAUUUAUGGUUCAGUGCCCCUUCUCUUAGCACACAAGCCUAACAGAACUUCAGGGAUCUUCUGGCUGAACUCUUCAGAAACGCUGGUGGAUAUUAGUACAAAGGCAGUAGCUGAGCACAUGUCAUCUAGAUCUGCUGCAGAGACUGCUAAGCAGAGAGCAGUGCCUCUAACUGAUGUACGCUGGAUGUCAGAAAGCGGAAUCAUUGAUGUUUUCCUGCUGAUGGGACCCACUGCCUUUGAUAUCUUCAAGCAGUUUGCACAACUGACAGGCACUCAAGCCCUGCCCCCCCUUUUUUCUCUGGGCUACCAUCAGUGCAGGUGGAAUUAUGAGGAUGAGCAAGAUGUCAAGGCAGUAGAUGCUGGCUUUGAUGCACAUGACAUUCCUUAUGAUGUGAUAUGGCUGGACAUAGAGCAUACAGAUGGCAAGAGGUAUUUUACUUGGGACAAAAAGAAAUUCCAGAACCCCAGAAAGAUGCAAGAACAUCUGAAGAAGAAAAAACGCAAGCUUGUCGUCAUUGUAGAUCCACACAUUAAGAUUGAUCCCACAUAUACCCUGUAUUCACAGGCAAAAGACAAGGGAUAUUUUGUGAAAGACAGAAAUGGGCAAGAUUUUGAGGGCAUCUGUUGGUCAGGUUCCUCUUGCUACCUGGAUUUCACCAAUCCUGAAGUGCGAAAAUGGUAUGCAGAUCAAUUUGCCUUCAAAACAUACAAGGGAUCCACUAAUAUCCUCUUUGUAUGGAAUGACAUGAAUGAGCCUUCAGUCUUCAAAGGGGCAGAACUAACAAUGCAGAAAGAUGCUGUGCACUACAAUAACUGGGAGCAUCGGGAAGUACACAACCUCUAUGGAUUCUACCAGCAAAUGGCAACUGCAGAAGGACUCAUCAGACGUUCUUCAGGAAAAGAGAGGCCAUUUGUCCUCACACGAUCUUUCUUUGCUGGAUCACAGAAGUAUGGGGCAGUGUGGACUGGAGACAACACAGCAGAGUGGAGUUACUUGAAAAUAUCCAUUCCAAUGCUUCUUACCAUCAGCUUGGCAGGGAUUUCCUUCUGUGGAGCUGAUGUGGGAGGGUUUAUUGGAGAUCCAGAACCAGAAUUACUUGUUCGCUGGUAUCAGGCUGGAGCCUACCAGCCCUUCUUCAGAGGUCAUUCUAACAUGGAGAGCAAACGGCGAGAACCGUGGCUCUUUGGGGAGAAGAACACCCAGAUCAUCAGGAAAGCCAUUAGAGAGCGCUACGUCCUCCUGCCUUACUUAUACACACUGUUCUAUCGGGCACACACAGCGGCUGAACCAGUUAUGAGGCCUCUCUGGGUAGAGUUUCCAGGAAAAACAGAAACUUUUGACGUGGAGUAUGAGUACAUGCUGGGAAAUGCUUUGUUGGUGCAUCCAGUCACAGAGAAAGAGGCCAAGACAGUGAGUGUUCUGCUUCCAGGGUCAGAGGAGAUUUGGUAUGAUUUCAGAAAAUUUAAACGAAUGGAAGAUGCAGGCACUCUGAAGAUCCCAGUAACACUAGAGAAUCUUCCUGUGUUCCAACGGGGGGGCACUGUGAUACCUCUGAAGACUGCAGCUGGGAAAUCCACUGAAUGGAUGAUAGAUAUUUCUUAUGAACUCCAUGUGGCCUUGGACACAGAGGCCUGUGCCAUAGGUGAGCUCUAUGUAGAUGAUGGACAUUCAUUUCAGUACCUCCACAAGAAGCAGUUCCUAUAUCGGAAAUUCACUUUCCACAAGAACAUUCUCACUUCCAGCUGCACCGAUGAAAGCGGACAAUACCAAACCUCAUGUGUGGUUGAGCGGGUGAUAGUUCUGGGAUUUGGAAAGCAACCCACUUUUGUGACAGCCAGUUCCAAGGGUGGGAAAGAAAAGGAAGUGGUUUUCACAUAUGAUACGAAGACCUCUGCGCUGACACUGGGAAACUUAGCCCUGAGUGUUGAUGCUGACUGGGAGAUUUGUAUCAACUGAGACACAAGUUCUUCAGAGAAGCAAUUCAUUGAGAGGUUGAGGAGAAAUAAACUGGGAGGACUUAAAACAUUCACUUGAAUCCAA